AUGCCCCAGAUUAAGCACAUCGCCAUCGCCACCAAUGACGCUGAAAAAACCGCCAAGUUUUACGCCGAAGUAUUUGGACUGCGCCAGGUAGCCCAGCUUGACGGUGAAAACGCCAAGGGCUUUAUGCUCAGCGACGGUAACGUCAACAUGGCCAUCCUGGACUUCCAGAAUGACGCCGUGGCCGGUGAGCGUGGCAAGGAUUGGGAAGGUAUCCACCACAUCGGGUUCGAGGUGGAAAGCCUGGAAGAGAUUGAGCAACGGCUGGCCGACAACAACGCCAAGCCCAUGGACUCGGUCAACAACGCCCUGCACGCCGGUAUGGGCGGCCCCCGCACUGAGAACGUCGAGACGAAGUACGAAGGCCCCAACGGGGAGAUGAUUGACGUUUCCGGUACCGGCUGGAUUGGCACCCGCGGCUUCGACUAG